AAACGGAAAACCCUAAAGAACUUUAGGUUUAGGUUUAAAUAGUCUCUUCAGCAAGAGGUAAGACGCCUUCAGCUGCUCUUGCUCUCCUCAACUUUUUGCUUCUAACCUUCUAAGCGAAAAUGGUGUUCAAGAGGUACGUGGAGAUCGGGAGAGUUGCACUUGUUAACUACGGAAAAGACCAUGGAAAGCUCGUCGUCAUCGUCGACGUCGUUGACCAGAACAGGGCUUUGGUUGACGCCCCAGACAUGGAGAGGAUCCAGAUGAACUUCAAGAGGUUGUCUCUCACCGAUAUCGUGAUUGAGAUCAACAGAGUCCCAAAGAAGAAGGCUUUGAUCGAGGCCAUGGAGAAGGCUGACGUGAAGAACAAGUGGGAGAAGAGCUCAUGGGGUAGGAAGCUUAUCGUUCAGAAGCGUAGGGCUAGCCUCAAUGAUUUUGACAGGUUCAAGAUCAUGUUGGCCAAAAUCAAGAAAGCUGGCGUUGUCAGGCAAGAGCUUGCAAAACUCAAGAAGGAGAUCACUGCUUGAUCAAAUUGAGUAUUUAUCUGCGUGUCUUUUUUUCUUUUUGUAUUUUGGAUUGGCAAUUAGUGUUUUUGGAAAUCUCAGCUUCAUUAUCUACACUGUUGUCGGAUCUUAAUUCCAAGUUUAAAACCUUCGAAAUAUUUAGUUUGUUAUUUCA